GCCGGCUGGUGGGGGGGGAGCGGGGAGCGGCAGCGGCCAGACGCAUCGGCUGCGGGGCGCGCGGGCCGGCGCUUCCUGAAGCAGUCUCCACCUCCGCAGCCUGGGCGGGAGCGGUGAGCGGCGACCGCGGGCAGCCAGGGCUGCCUCGGAAGAAAGGAGAAUGGCGUUCAGCAAAGGAUUUCGGAUCUAUCACAAAUUGGAUCCUCCACCUUUCAGCCUCAUAGUGGAAACUAGGCAUAAGGAAGAAUGUCUCAUGUUCGAGUCUGGGGCUGUAGCUGUGCUCUCAUCAGCAGAAAAAGAAGCAAUCAAGAGUACAUACUCCAAAGUUCUAGAUGCCUAUGGACUUUUAGGUGUUUUACGAUUAAAUCUUGGUGAUAUUAUGUUACAUUAUCUGGUCCUCGUCACUGGAUGUAUGUCUGUUGGAAAAAUUCAAGAAUCUGAAGUUUUCCGAGUUACUUCCACUGAAUUUAUAUCACUACGAAUCGAUUCUUCAGAGGAGGAUCGCGUUUCAGAAGUGCGAAAAGUGUUGAAUUCAGGAAAUUUCUAUUUUGCAUGGUCCGCAUCUGGAGUCAGUUUGGAUCUGAGUCUUAAUGCCCAUCGUAGCAUGCAAGAACAUACAACCGAUAAUAGAUUUUUCUGGAAUCAGUCUUUGCACUUGCAUCUCAAGCACUAUGGUGUGAAUUGCGAUGACUGGUUAUUACGCCUCAUGUGUGGGGGAGUAGAAGUCAGAACAAUUUAUGCUGCUCAUAAACAGGCAAAGGCUUGCCUCGUUUCCAGGCUAAGCUGUGAACGAGCUGGGACCAGGUUCAACGUAAGGGGAACAAAUGAUGACGGUCACGUCGCCAAUUUUGUAGAAACAGAACAGGUUGUGUACUUAGAUGACUGUGUUUCUUCCUUCAUACAAAUCCGGGGGUCUGUCCCAUUGUUCUGGGAGCAACCAGGGUUGCAGGUGGGAUCUCAUCGUGUUCGUAUGUCAAGGGGGUUUGAAGCCAAUGCACCUGCUUUUGACAGGCAUUUUAGAACACUUAAGAAUUUAUAUGGUAAACAAAUAAUAGUAAAUUUGCUUGGAUCUAAGGAAGGGGAACAUAUGCUAAGUAAGGCUUUCCAGAGUCAUUUGAAAGCUUCUGAACAUGCAACUGAUAUCCAGAUGGUGAAUUUUGACUAUCAUCAAAUGGUUAAAGGAGGAAAGGCAGAAAAAUUACAUAGUGUUCUUAAACCUCAAGUCCAGAAGUUUCUGGAUUAUGGAUUUUUUUAUUUCAAUGGAAGUGAAGUUCAAAGAUGCCAGAGUGGUACAGUUCGAACAAACUGCUUGGAUUGUCUUGAUAGAACAAAUAGUGUGCAGGCGUUCCUUGGCUUAGAGAUGCUAACUAAACAAUUGGAAGCUCUCGGCUUAGCUGAAAAGCCUCAGCUGGUGACUCGCUUUCAAGAAGUUUUUCGAUCAAUGUGGUCUGUGAAUGGUGAUUCAAUCAGUAAGAUUUAUGCAGGAACUGGAGCUCUUGAAGGAAAGGCUAAGGCUGGAAAGUUAAAAGAUGGUGCUCGUUCUGUUAGUAGAACAAUUCAGAAUAACUUCUUUGACAGCUCCAAGCAAGAGGCCAUUGAUGUUUUGCUACUGGGAAAUACUUUAAAUAGUGAUUUAGCUGACAAAGCUCGAGCCCUUUUAACUACUGGAAGUUUGCGUGCAUCUUCUAAAGUUCUAAAGAGCAUGUGUGAGAAUUUCUACAAGUAUUCAAAGCCCAAGAAAAUUCGAGUAUGUGUGGGCACCUGGAAUGUGAAUGGCGGGAAGCAGUUUCGCAGCAUAGCUUUCAAGAAUCAGACGCUCACUGACUGGCUUCUCGAUGCACCCCAAUUAGCUGGCAUCCAGGAGUUUCAAGAUAAAAGAAGUAAACCAACUGAUAUAUUUGCCAUUGGUUUUGAGGAAAUGGUAGAGUUGAAUGCUGGAAACAUUGUGAAUGCAAGCACAACAAAUCAGAAGCUCUGGGCCGUGGAACUUCAGAAGACCAUCUCCAGAGACAACAAGUAUGUGCUGCUAGCCUCCGAGCAGUUGGUGGGCGUCUGUCUAUUUGUUUUUAUCAGACCACAGCAUGCUCCGUUCAUCAGGGAUGUUGCAGUUGAUACUGUGAAGACUGGAAUGGGAGGUGCAACUGGAAAUAAGGGAGCGGUCGCAAUACGAAUGCUGUUCCACACCACAAGCCUCUGCUUCGUCUGCAGCCACUUUGCUGCAGGACAAUCGCAAGUCAAAGAACGAAAUGAAGAUUUUGUGGAAAUAGCACGGAAGUUGAGUUUUCCAAUGGGAAGGAUGCUGUUCUCCCAUGACUACGUAUUUUGGUGUGGUGAUUUCAACUACCGAAUCGAUCUUCCUAAUGAAGAAGUGAAAGAGCUCAUAAGACAGCAAAAUUGGGAUUCUCUUAUAGCAGGAGAUCAGCUUAUCAACCAGAAAAAUGCUGGACAGAUUUUUAGAGGAUUUUUAGAAGGAAAAGUAACCUUUGCUCCAACAUAUAAAUAUGAUUUGUUUUCUGAUGACUACGACACCAGUGAAAAGUGCCGCACCCCUGCAUGGACAGACCGUGUCCUCUGGAGAAGAAGGAAAUGGCCUUUUGAUAGAUCAGCUGAAGAUUUAGAUCUCCUAAAUGCUAGUUUUCAAGAUGGAAGCAAAAUCCUCUACACGUGGACUCCUGGCACUUUGCUGCACUACGGAAGGGCCGAGCUGAAGACUUCUGACCAUAGGCCUGUCGUUGCCCUGAUUGAUAUCGAUAUAUUUGAAGUGGAAGCUGAAGAGAGGCAAAGCAUUUAUAAAGAAGUAAUUGCCGUUCAGGGUCCACCAGAUGGUACGGUGUUGGUCUCAAUCAGAAGUUCUCUACCAGAAAAUAAUUUUUUCGAUGAUGCUUUGAUUGAUGAACUUCUGCAACAGUUUACAAAUUUUGGUGAAGUUAUACUCAUAAGAUUUGUAGAAGAUAAAAUGUGGGUUACAUUUUUGGAGGGAAGCUCUGCCUUGAGUGUUCUGAGCCUGAAUGGUAAAGAGUUAUUGGGUCGGACUAUAACUAUUACUUUAAAGAGUCCAGACUGGAUCAAAACUUUGGAAGAAGAAAUGAGUUUAGAGAAAAUCAGCGUCCCCUUGCCGUCCUCAACAAGCUCCACCCUGCUGGGUGAAGACGCGGAGGUCGCGGCCGACUUCGAUAUGGAAGGUGAUGUUGAUGACUACAGUGCUGAGGUAGAGGAAAUCCUUCCUCAGCAUCUCCAGCCAUCUUCCAGUUCUGGCCUUGGCGCUUCCCCAAGUUCCUCACCCCGGACCAGUCCCUGCCAGUCACCCACCAUAUCAGAGGGGCCUGUGCCUUCCCUUCCCGUGAGACCAAGUCGAGCUCCAUCAAGAACACCUGGCCACCCAGCUUCACAAAGUUCUCCUGUUGACGCUCUGCUAGCAACACAACUGCAGCAGAAAGAUUCUUCCCAGCCCCUGGAACCCAAGCGGCCUCCCCCUCCCCGCCCGGUUGCUCCUCCUGCGCGUCCAGCCCCCCCACAAAGACCGCCUCCACCUGCAGGGGCUAGGAGUCCUGCACCUGCUAGAAAAGAAUUUGGAGGUACUGGAGCCCCUCCCAGUCCUGGGGUAGCUAGGCGAGAGAUGGAAGCACCCAAAAGCCCUGGAACGACACGGAAAGAUAAUAUAGGACGCAGCCAGCCUUCACCUCAAACAGGACUCACAGGCCCAGGACCUGCUGGAUACAGUACAGCCAGACCGAUUAUUCCACCCCGUGCCGGAGUGAUCAGCGCCCCCCAGAGCCAUGCUCGGGUGUCUGCUGGGAGACUGACUCCUGAAAGCCAAAGCAAACCGUCAGAAGUACUGAAAGGGCCAGCUCUUCUUCCUGAACCACUGAAGCCUCAGGCCGCCCCUCCUGUGCAGCCUUCUCUGGCCCCGCCGGUUCAGCAGAUGCGGGAGCCUCGUGUCCCGGUGGCCACACCUAUGCCUCAGUCUGCCCCGCAGCCCAGCCUCGAAGCCGUCCCGCAGCCGCCCCCUCGGAGCAGGUCGUCCCACAGCUUGCCUUCUGAACCUUCAGUGCAGCCGCAGGUAAAAACAAACGGAGUCUCCGCCAUCAGUCUGGACUCGCCAUUAAAGACUGACCCAUUUGAAGACCUGUCAUUGAACCUGCUUGCUGUAUCAAAGACUCAGCCAUCUGUUCAAACCCCAGACCCAAAGGGGUUGAUUUCAUUGCCUUCUGCAACCCCAAGUAACAUGAAUACUUUGAGUUCUGUAAGCUGCAUGCCGACAAUGCCUCCAAUUCCAGCCCGGAGUAAAUCCCAGGAAAACACGCGAUGUUCUCCAAACCCAUUCAUUGAGAGCUCGAGCAGCACAAAUCCUUUCACCGACAGGACUGCCGCUCCCAGAAACCCCUUUAGAGCUGAAUCUCAAGCAUCAGAGGCCACUUCGUGGUUCUCCAAAGAAGAGCCCGUUGCUCAGAGUCCUUUCCCUUCUCCGAAGCCUCCUGGACAGAACAGCAGCAAGCCUUCAUCUUCACUGGGUGGCUUUGAGGACAGUUUUGAUCCACAGGGCCCACCUGCAUUAAAAAGCAGCAACCCAAAAGGAUGGGUAACCUUCGAGGAAGAAGAGGACUUUGGUGUGACAGGAAAGUCAAGGUCCACUUGUCCAGACCGACUGGGUGAUCAGCCGAGUUCGUCUUCUGGCUCCAAGGUGACCUUUAGUGAUGACUGGAAUAGAGGUACCAGUGUCUCUUUCUGUGUGUUGCCAGCAAGAAGACCACCUCCGCCUCCUGCCCCUCUGCUCCCACCUGGCACCACCCCUCCAGCAGACCCUUUCACAGCCUUGGCCUCUAAGGCAUCACCCACGCUAGACUUUACAGAAAGAUAAUGUUCUACAGUAGAAAGCAGUUGUUUUUUUAAUUUUGGCAGGGUAGAGCCAAAAGAAUUGGGCAUUCGUUAUUCAUUAUGUGCAAUAAGUAAUUGUUAAGUGCACUGAUGUUGUCAUGAAAUACCACUAUUUAAUGUGUACAAAGUUGGAAUAUGUGUAUAUUGGAAAUAAGGAAAAAUCUUUCCCAUUAUUAACUGGAAUUUUGGUGUGUUUCUGUUUGGAUAAAUACGAGAGAGUAGAAGCCAUAAAAAGUGCUCGAAACUACUUUAGAAAAUAGUCCUUAUUCAGAAAUUCUUUGUCAGUCUCCUUUACAGAAUCUCAAAAAGCCCAAACAACUUCUAGCUGACGUUACUGCCAGCCCCUUUUGUACUUGUUAAAAAUUGGUAUUUAUAAGUAUUUACCAAAGAUCUGUCAAACUUAUACUGAAACAGAAUUUAGAAAGACAUUGCUUAAAGAAAAAAAAAAAUGUGUAUAUACACACACACACACAAAUAUAUACACUUACAUAUUUGUAAAACACAUAAUUUAAAUUCUAAAUCAGACCAAAUUUUUACCUAAAAAUUAGAACAUAGUUCUUCUUUCAAUAUUUCAUUAUCUAAAGGAUGGCUGAAAAUGAAAUCUGGACAUUUCAUUACUUUUCUUUCUAAAACUAGAAUGAUCUCACUAGGGAACCAUUAUCGACCACCGUCCCACACCCACCCCCGUCUGACACGCACACCACGCACACCCUUGUUACUUGCCACUCCAGCAGGUCCGCCGGCUUUUCCGGGGGAGGAGCUUCUUGCAGCCGGAAGCGGCGUAGUGUGUGGUUACAGUCGGUCACGUGGGCAGACACCCCCGGCCCUUUCAAAAAAGCACACUGGCCCAGAAAGUCGGGAAAGCACGUGCCACCGAGCUCAGUGAGAAGCGUUAGAGCUCAACGUACACGAAGGCGUCCGCUGCCCACGGCCCUCGCGCGCUUCUCUUGCCGCCUCCGCUCUGGAAGUGGUGAGCGGCCGCAGGCGCCGCCCGGGGGGAACUGGGAUCUACUCCUUGUGUGUUCUCUCCCUCUCACGAACUACACGACACAUCUGUGAUGCUGCUUUACGUGUGUAGAGGCUACACCUCAAAUUAGCUGUGGAUUUCGUCUCCUGCACUGCCAAUAUGCAGCUGAUCCUGCUUUAAUUUUAUGAAGACGUACACAGAAUGUAUACAGAAUGUAGUAUUUUGAUACCAUUGAGUAAUCCUAAUCAGAAAACUUGAGCAAUAGUUGUAUUGUUGUCAGUUUAAGAUUACCUUUACCCAUUAUAUUAACGUUCCUUUUAUACAAAGAGUUGUAUAUGUCGACCUAAAUUCCGUUGUCCGCAUUUAACCUUUAAAGAUGUGCAUUAGCGGAAUAUCAGAAAAAAAAGAGUUCCUGGCUAAGAAUACGUAAAAUGUAAAAGCACAGCAAACUGCAUCGCACUUAACCGCAUAAAGCAAAUCUGUUAGGAAAAAAGCACUUUUCUAAAUUCUCAAAUGUUAUCAGAAUACUAUGUUUAUAAAAGUAACCCUGUCUCUACUAACAGCCAGGAUUUGCUGUUAGAAAUAACUCGUGAGUUUUAUAUUGCGCUUUUUGGGGGGGUUCUAAUCAUUUCAGCAGUAGUAUAUUUUAAACAGCAGUAUUACUAUAAGCAGUGUGCUUCAAAAUGUGAAUUAACUUGUUGAACCUGUGGCUUUAACAUCUAUGUGAUUAGUAUAUAUAGUAUUCAAUAUUUGCUCUCCAUUAGCAAAAUAAUUCAUUAUGAACUUCACUAGUGCAGAUUGCAGUUCUGUGAGCAAUGUUUCCUAUUGAAUAUAAACUACUGUCUAAAAUAUACAUAUCAUCUAGCAGCUCAGCCUUUAUCAGGAAAUUCUACUUGGCAAGUUGCUGAAAAAGUGCACAAAGUUAUGAAAGUUAAAGGUAUGCUGCAAAUAACUAGCCACUAUUCUGUGUAUUAUUAAAAUAUUUACCAGUUCUGUUAAAAGCAGAGCAGAAACUAGACACUAAGGAUCUCUUUGUGAAUUCUUCGUUCUCUAUAGUAGAUUGCUGUUUAUAUGUAAGAAUUUUAUUGCUUAUGUGGCAUACAGUAUUUAUAACUAUAUACUUUAUAGAAGUACAGUAUUAAAGUCAGUGGUAUGUAAACACUCUGUACAUAUCCUGUGAAAUGUGCUCUCAUAUGAAAUAAAUAUACCUGUCUUUACCAUAUUGA